AUGAUGAUAUUGAUGUCUUUCUUGACACUUGCUGCAACUGCCUUAACGGCGCCAUCGCUUCACAUCCGGGAAGACCUCAGAAUGUACAAUGAUAAUGAGUCACUCAUGGUGUGCGAUGGCGUUCCUUUGCCCAGCACCGUCCAAUUGAACCCAGUUAAAGUGGGCGACAUAUCCCCUUGUUUCAGCGAUCAAGUCGACAUAACUUUACAGCGAGCAGCGGAGACUGUCCACGUUAUGGACACUUUUCCAAUGCCUCGUCGUGAAGCAAAUUCCACUGACGCUGUGUCUAUGAGAAAUUUGGAGCAGCGACAAACCGGCGCGUGCAGAAUGUGGUCACCCGCUAAGGAAAGUUGGAGACGGCGAUCCCCAUCAGAACUAUUGGCGGAAACAGUUGGGCUUGGAUGGACGGCUACUGCAGAUGCAUCACAAUGGAUCUCUGGCGGCUUUGCGGUGCAAGCGAGCUGGACAACCGGGCUUGACUAUCAAUGCACUGCUAGCUCCCAUCAGACCGUCUGUAUCUGGUACAACACCGCUCAUACUGCGUACACUGCCCAAAACGGACUUUACAACGUGUGCACGGGGUUCAACCCCAAUAAUGAUGCCGGCUUCGUCAUGUUCUCCCCAAACCAGAACAACAAAGGCGGUGGAUUUUAUUGCGUUAUUGGCACAUGCCGCAGCCAGGGGCAGAAUUACUGGGACAAGAGUGGUCCUGCAGGUGGGCCUUGA